AUGGCUAGGAGCUGGCUUAUUGACAUAGAAGGAUUUGCAAAGAAAGUGAAAAGAACUACACUCUCUUCAGCUGAUCAGAUUAAGGAUUGUGGCGCAUAUCGCGAAUGUCCCAACUGUCAUUGGCGUAUAGACAAUAGUGAUGUUUCUAGUGAGUGGCCUGGAUUUCCGCUUGGUAUAAAGUUUGAUCCUUCUGAUGUAGAACUAUUAGACCAUUUAGCGGCUAAAUAUGGUGUUGGUAAUACAAAUCCUCACAUGUUUAUCGACGAGUUCAUACCAACAUUGGAAGGAGACCAAGGCAUUUGCUAUACUCAUCCGGAAAAUCUCCCAGGUGCUAAGAAAGAUGGGAGUAGUGUUCACUUCUUUCACAGAACAAUGAAUGCAUAUAGUACUGGUCAACGAAAGCGUCGAAAGAUUCAACAUCAUGGUUCGGCUGAAGAUCAUGUACGUUGGCACAAGACCGGUAAGACCAAAGCUGUAAUAGAAGAUGGAGUACAUAAGGGCUAUAAGAAGAUAAUGGUUCUGUAUAUAAGAUCUGAGAAAGAGUCAAAAUCCUACAAAUCUGACUGGAAAAUGCAUCGGUACCAUCUAGGGAUUGAAGAAGAGAGAAGAGAAGAAAUCGAGGCUUACCGUUAA